ACGUCAGCAGGACACGUCAGCAGACCACAUCUGUCGACAGCAGUGCCACAUCAGCAGCAGGGAGUACCACGUCAACAGGCCCCCGGCCUGGUCUAUGCUUUUGUGCUUGCAAACAACCGUCAUGGACCAGAAGUCCGGGGAAACGGACGAGGCCUAUCAGGCCUGGAUGCUUCUUCUGAUUACCGAAGCCAAGCAACGGUCGGAUGCAGUAGCAGCCGCAGCAAAGAAGAAGGCAGAGGACACCGAGAAGGCAUGUAUGUUGGCAAUUGAACAGCAACGCCUGCAAGACGAGGGAGCAGCAAAGGUUGUCGAUGAAGAACAACUUCAACGACGCGAGAAGAUAUUCAAUGGAGAGCGAGCUUUGCUCACAAUGGCAGCGGACUGGUGGGCCGAGGCUGAGAAUGGGAAGUUGGAAGAGAGUGGAAACAGGAUCGCUCUACUCCUCUCCUAUCUCACGGACCACCUGGCCACGUGCAUUGCUCAGCAGGAGGACAUUCACAACCUCGACGAUACRGUUCAGACACACAAUCACGUGUUUGACCAAGUCGACAGCCGCCUCCAGCAGUUGGACCAAACCAUCGCCGCCCCCGUUGCCAGCUCUUCCAAGACCUCCGAGCGCCUCAAGGCUUUGGAGAUUGACGUCGGAACCCUCAAGGACGGCGUGCAGUUACAACAAAACAGCACGCAACAGUUGGAGCAGAGGAUCUGUACUGCCGCCACUCCCUCGAGAUCGGAACCGCGCGAGACAACUCCAAAGUUCGAUGAUCAGAAGAUCUUCUGCAAUUCGACGAAGACGGACCCGAUUCCGUGGUUCUGUAAGUUUGAACUCAACGUCAGCGGGCACAAGCAUCACACAUACUUAUACUCCCGCUCGRGGGGCGCGUGCCAAGCAUGGCUGGACAAUCUCCUGUCCAAGUACGGAGUGGUGGCUGCCGACUUGCAUACCAAGAUCAGCUGGGAUGAUCUAAAGGCGACGUGGCAUAAGCGGUUCCAAGUAGAGCCGUCGGAGAUCAAGUUAAUGGACAAGCUAAUGACCUUCGAACAAGGCACACUGCCGAGUGUUGACUGGAUUGCCGAGGACCAACGCUUGACAUCCGUCUCAGACAUUCAAAUGGGCUUCAAAGCCAUCAAACACUACUUCAUCUCGAGGUCGUGUCCGGCGUUGGGCAAUGCCUUCACUCACUUUGAGGACACCCUGAUGACACCGGCGGAGCUCUUCGACAAGGCCGCGCAGAUUAUUGUCACGAACAAGGAGGCCAAGAACCACCACCGUUCGUCUGCGACAGGCCCGAGCAGAGAUCAGGAUCGGCCGAAAGUGGCCAUGGUCGCUGCAGCAACACCAAACGACCAAUCUAGCGAGGCCGUGUCUGCCAAUGAAGGGGACAGAUUCGCAGCAAGGGCAAAUCGGGAAACUGAGCACUGUCGGCAGGAAGUGAUUGCCAUGGACAUUACCGGCCCGUUCCCCAAGCACAAGACCAGAUUGGAUGGGAUUCUCACGGUGGUCGACCGACUCACCAAGUUUGUCAUGUUUUUGCCUUGCCGCUAUCAUGCCACGGCAUCGGAGUUGGCCGAGGUUCUUUACGGCGGUUGGAUUCGAACCAAGGGUUACCCCAAGGAAAUUGUCUGCGACCUCGACACUCGGUUCAUCUCCGAUUUUUGGUUGGCGCUCAUCAAACGAUGGGGCUCAUCUCUCAAGCCAAGUUCGGCUCGCCACCCCCAAACCGAUGGCCAAACGGAGAGGGCGCAUCAGACCGCACAGGUUCUCCUUCGCACUCUUAUCCGUCCCGACCAAAAUGAUUGGGUUGAGCGGCUGUCGGAUGUCGAGUUGGCAUACAACUCGUCCAUCUACCCGACUAUCGGGAUGUCACCCUUCGAGUUCGAGCACGGCUCGCCGGUCACUUCACCGUUGGACACAAUCAUUCCACGAACGACCGAGAGCGACGACCAUCUUCUUUUCUUGCGUCGGAUGCAAGAGCUACUUGUCAAGGCACGCGACCAGAUGGCCAAGACGCAGCAACGCAUGAGCCCACAGGCCAAUCGCCAGCAUCUUCCUUGCCCAUUCCACGCCGACGAUCUCGUUUGGGUUUCCGCCACGGAAUUCAGCCUUGAACAAGAUAUCUCUUGCAAGCUCCUCCCGAAAUGGAUGGGGCCUUGGCCGAUCGUGGCACCCGCUGGGGAUGCACCCGAGGGAACUUCCUUCACCAUUCAGGUGCCCACCCACUUGCCCGUCUACUCCAAGUUGACUCUUUACACGCCAGCGGAACAUGACGAUUUCCCCGGGCGACGAUCGCAAGACCCACCCUCUAUGGACGGUUUUCCAGAGGUUGGCGACAUCAUCUCCCAGUGGCGCUACGACAAGAGGCCAACAGAGUACUUGGUACACUUUGCGUACUGCAGUCACAGAGCUGACCGUUGGUUGACCCGUGCGGAACUCCAAGCAACAGCUCCGGAUGUUCUCGCACGCUACGAACGCAAGAUGCAAGACAAGCCGUUUGGUUUGGGUCCAUUCCAUUCAGGUCUGCUCCAGCUGGUAUGGUUUAGACGAAUUGGAUUUGGCUUGGCUCUGUUCACUUUAGGCAGACUGGUGCUGCCAUCGUUAUCGAGAGGCUGGUGCAAUUGUCGAACAUCGUUCUUGAAGGCGUUGAGCUGGUCGCUGAUGGUGGCGGGUGCGGCGAAGGUGCUGAUGUCGCCGAGCAUUGCGACUACAUGGUCCACUCGUUCCUCCAAUUGGCGGGUUGAGGUUGCACUUCUGGGUUCGCCAGCGUCUGGUCCUGGUGCUGCUUGCUCCAGUGGGAAGAGCACUAGCCCCUAUACCCAGGAGCAACAAGACAAAAUGACCGCCUUAGUGAAAGAGAAUCAGGAGAGGAAAGAGCUCCUGAAACAGGCUAAGCUAAAGGCAAUCGCAGAGGAGCAGGCGACAAAGAUGCAGGAAUUGGAGGAGGAGAUGGAGAAGAAGAAGAAGGCUGCUGAAGAAGAAGCGGCGGCAGAAGCAGAAGAGGAGAGGAAACACAGGGAAGUGAAGGGAGAGAGUAGUGGCACGGCGAACGAGGACGUCGCGAUGGAGAAAAAGAUCAGCGAGUGGAUUGCUAAUUUAUUGUUGGGGGAGGAUGAGGAGGCAGAGUUCUAUGUGCCCCAGGACGAGAGGGAGGUGUUAGCCCAGGAGCUAGCAGCAAUCAAGGACCCCCUGGAAAGACAAGAAAUAGAGGAGGAGAAAAAGUUGGAAUGGAAACUGAGGAUGAAGAGGGAAAAGAAGAGGAGGAGGGAUGAAGUAAAUAGGUUGACCGCAGAGGUGGCGAAGGUGAGAGAUUGCAGGCAGGAGGUACAGGCACAGGCAAACAUCUCUGCCAAAAUGGAUAAGAUGUUGGGAUACUUGGAAGUGUUGAGCGCGGCGUGGAUGGAGGAGCGCCAAGCUAGUUGGGGUCAAGAGGUGGCCCUGAAGGCCAUGCGGUCAGGUUUUCAGGAUUUUGCGCGUGAUAUGGUUACCCACGUUGGAGGAGCAGUCAGGCGGUUGAGAGACAACGUGGGGAAGUUCUGUGAGGGUGCUAUUGAGGGUGGCAAAGCGGUAACCACUAUCGAUAGUGAGGCCAGGCCUCGUAAAGAGCCCGUCAAACUGAAAUUCCCAAAUGCAUACGGCGGGAAGGAGGAGAACUUCGAUAACUGGGAGGCUAGUGUCAAUAGUUACGUGUACUUACAACACAUCCUGACUGAGGAGCAAGUCCUCGUCGCCUUCCAGGCCCUCAAAGAUGAAGCGGCCAAUUUCGCCAGGUCCCUUGCGCGCACAGCCGGUUGUGAAAACAACCUGGUUGCAUAUUCAAAGAUCACCCCCCUUCCUCAAUUCUUCAAACUCCUGAGGGAGAGAUUUGUUGAUCCAUCGAGAGGCGUUAGAGCCUCCGAUAAGCUACAGACUAUCCACUCACGACAGUGGAGGAGUGCGAGAGCACUCAAGGGCGUUAUGGACGACUUGGUAGCCGUCCCAGACCAUGGGGUCACUGAGACCCAAUUGUUCUAUCGUGUCAUGCCCGAGCCCCUGCGUGGGCAUUUCUUCGACAAGUCUCAACAGGCCGACAUCACGUAUGAUGUGCUAAGUAGAGAGGUGGUCCUGUUUGAGUCGAAGCCCAUGCCAGUAUCCACUUUCUGGCACAAGGACUUGGAUAAGGGUAAGAAGUGGAAAGGCCGUACCAUCUCUGGUCAAGUCAGGGCCAAGGAUCACAUGAUCCUUACUUUAGAAGAAGGUGGUACUGAUGAAGGCCCCUACAGUGAGAUUGAGUGGGGGUUAGAGGAGGAGGAUAGAAGCGUAGGGGAGGUCUUAUGCGGCUGUCGCGGCUGGAGGGAGGCCGCAAGGUACUUUAGCAAGAUUGAUCUCAAGUUAGGGUACCACCAGAUCGAGGUGGCUCCUGAGGAUCAACACAAGACGGCAUUCCGAACCAGGUUCACGAUGGUCAUGAGGAAAUAGCAGGUCACUUCUGUUAUUGACGUAUGGGUAAAAGCUUUUGUAAAUUUGUAUGCCCGCAGGUGCUGCUGAUCGCGGGUGGGGAUGGGAAGAAAAUGUCAGGGGACACAUUUUCCCAAGUCCUUUAUCUAUGAUGAUCUAAGUAAACAAUCAGUGGCGAGUUCGCCACGGCGGUGUCUACCUUUCUCCUUUUCUUUUUGUUUUGGUGGUUACUUUCCAUGUGCUGUUUGUACAUGCGUAGUGGAAUACUCUCUAUUUUUUUUUGUGGUUGUUUUCAUCUUUGUUUUUCUUCUUGGAGGUAAUUUGUAGCUUUGUUUGGUGUGUUGUUCUCAUUUCUGCUUUUCCAUGCCUUUUGUCAUCUCCAUUCUCAUGUCUGGAUGGAUGUGUCAUUCAGUCUCUUCUUCUCCUUCUUCCUCUUCUCCUUCUUCCUCUUCUCCUUCUUCUUUUUCUCCUUCUUCUUCUUCUCCUCCUUCUCCUUCUUCGUCUUAGGAUGAUAAAAGAGCCUUUUCUGA